AAGGCAGGAGACUGCGGAGGAGAUCAUACAGUGUUCCGGGGCCCAAUUACGUAUGGCACAUGGAUUCGUAUGACAAGCUGUCACCAUUUGGCAUUGGGGUGAACGGCUGCAUCGAUGGAUUUUCGAGACAUAUCAUUUGGAUGGAAGCAAACUCGACCAACAGCAACCCGUGCGUGAUUGCAGCCUAUUUUACGCAAGCUGUCUCCAAACUCGGAGGCUGUCCAAAAAUCCUGAGAUCAGAUCAUGGAACCGAAAAUGUCCAUGCCAACAGACUACAGACUUUUCUCAGAGAAGAUGACACUGGAGAGGUCCACGGCCCCCCUUGUGUUAUUCAAGGAAGGAGCACAGCAAACCAGAGAAUCGAAUCUUGGUGGGGGAUGUACAGGAGACAGAACGUGGAUUACUGGCGAGACGUCUUUAGAGAGUUCCAAGCUACAGGUGAUUUCAGCGGUGAUUUCAUCGACAAGGGUCUUGUGCAAUUCUGUUUCCUGAAGAUUAUACAGGACGAGCUGGACACAGUUGUGCAAAUGUGGGACAGCCAUCGCAUUCGUCCGGGGAGGAAUGGGCGCGAUCUCUACCAUGGCAAGCCAGCGAUGAUGUACAACGUGCCUGAGCUGUACCAUGCACAGGAUUAUCUGCAUCCAGUUGAAGUGGACAAAAUAAACACAAUCCUGGGUGAAGACAUCUGCCAGUGGAAAACAGAUAUUCCUUGUGACAUUGACUUACAUGACUUGUGCCUCCUGGUGAUGGAGGAACACAGCUUGACUCGCCGCCCUGGAGCUGAUGGAGCCAUUAGACUCUACAAACACCUGAGGCCAUUGAUAAAGGCACUCCUGGAAGAACCUGAUAACUGAUCAAGCAUCUGAUGGCCAAUCUAAGUCUUUAUUUCUGUUGUGUUUUUGGUGUAAUUACAAUACUAGCACAUGACAUUACAUUACAUAGCUGUUCCUCCAUUUAGUCCUUGUAGCCUACUUAGGGCGGAAUUCUUAACAGCGCCUCCGCGGUUACUCAAGUCUGUGAUUAAGCGGGGUUUAGGCACGAUUUUACCAGUUGCGCACUUUGGUUGGGGCCAGGCCAAAAUCAGGGAGUUUCGCAUGUAAAUGAAUCCUAAGCGUAUUCUCCCGUGCACUCAAGCGCGUUUGCCUUUACGCGCAUCAAAGGGCUGUAGUAAGGUCACGCGCCACUAUGAGGUAAAAUGUAAUAUUGCAUUUGAUGCUCGCUUGGCUCGCAUUUUGAACAUGUUACACGGUAGGCUAUGCUUUGUUGAUGUUCCUUACCGUCAGCGUGAGUUCAAAUCGAAAUUCAUUCACAGUUCCACUACAUAAACAUCCUACAUUAAUUGUGACAAAAUAUGACCAGCUGCCCAGAGCAUGUUCUCAUAUCGGUGAACUUACAAACAAAAGCAGGUAAUUAAUUAAUCAGUAUGAGGAUCAUCAUGUUGUCUCCACGGACGGUAACCAAAACCAAAAACACCUCGUUGCACCAUGCACAAGUAGGCUAAAUUGACAA